AUGUCUCCGAAGAUGCAGUACGUUCGCCUCGGCAACUCUGGUCUCAAAGUCUCAAGAAUCAUCCUCGGAUGCAUGUCGUACGGCUCGCCUCAGUGGCGGUCGUGGGUGCUGCCGGAGGAGGAAUCGAUGAAGCACAUCAAGUUCGCCUUCGACCAUGGCAUCACCACGUUCGACACGGCUAAUAUCUACUCGAACGGCCUCUCGGAGACGGUCUUGGGUAAGGCCAUCAAGGAGUACAACCUUCCCCGCGAUGAGCUCGUCAUCAUGACCAAGGUAUGGUUCAUAUCGUUCGUCUCAUACAAACCAUCCCCUCAACGACAACCAGAUCUUCGCCCCGAGCUCGGGUUCAUCAACCAGAAGGGUCUAAGCCGCAAGCACAUCUUCGACGCCGUACAAUCCUGCUUGAAGCGCCUUCAGGUUGAUUACAUCGACGUCCUUCAGGUCCACCGCUUCGAUCCCGAAACGCCCAUCUCGGAGACGAUGGAGGCCCUACACGACGUGGUCAAAACCGGCUGGGUUCGCUACCUCGGAAUGAGCUCGUGCUGGGCUGCGCCUUUCGUCUUACUCUCGCCACGGCGUCCCAUCUCACCCUUUGGCUUACCCGCAGACUACGCGAUCACGCACAACCUCACGCCCUUCAUCUCGAUGGAGAACCACUACAACCUGCUCUACCGCGAGGAAGAGCGCGAGAUGUACCCGACGCUGAAGAUGUUCGGGGUGGGAUCGACGCCGUGGUCCCCGCUCGCGCGCGGGGUGCUGACGCAUCCGGUCGGCACCGCCGAGACGACGCGCUCCAAGACGGACGAGGUCGAAGAGCUCGCGAAGGCCAAGGGCGUGAGCAUGGCGCGGAUCUCGCUCGCGUGGAUGCUCUCGAAGCCGCACGUCACCGCGCCGAUCGUCGGGACGACGAGCCUCGCGAACCUGGAGGACAUCCUCGGCGCGCUCGACGUGAGGCUCACCGAAGAGGAGAUCGAGGCUCUCGAGGCGCCGUACACCCCGCUGAACGUCAUUGGCCACCGGUGA